GGCCUGUUUAGGCUUUGAAACUGGGCUUAAUCCUAUCUCAAAUGCGAGUUCAGGCACCAGAUGCCACGCCCAGCCUGCUGUCAAGUCCUAACGUGGCUCAGAAAGUUUGGCGGACACACUUUGAAGCACUGUGCGGUGACUGGGGACAGCGAACGGUGACUCCCUUCGCCCCUCCCUGGGAGGACAGCAGAGCCUUGAGCCAGACUGUGGGUUAGACGCUCAGCCACAACACAGGCUGUGAGGGCGGGCAGGUCCCUCAGCGUCUCUAAGGCUCUUGCUCACAACUGCCUUUAGAGAAAGACAAAGGGUGGCUUUAGCCAAUUAAAAAGAUUGAAACCCGCUGCCGUACUGAAAGAUACAAAGAUUCUGAGGCGGGAACUGGACAAGGAGUUCUCAUAUCCGCCGGCUGUCCGUGGCGUCCAAAGAGGGGAUCAUGGACAUCGAAGCAUAUUUUGAAAGAAUUGGUUAUAAGAGCCCUGGGAACAAAUUGGACUUGGGAACAUUGACUGACAUUCUUCAGCACCACAUCCGAGCCAUUCCCUUUGAGAACCUUAAUAUCCAUUGUGGGCAAUACAUGGAUUUGGGCUUGGAGGCCAUUUUUGAUCAAAUUGUGAGGAGGAACCGGGGUGGGUGGUGUCUCCAGGUCAACCAACUUCUGUACUGGGCUCUGACCACAGUCGGUUUUGACACCACAAUGUUGGGUGGCUAUGUUUAUAGCACCCCCACCAGCAAAUAUAGCAAUGAUAUGAUUCACGUCCUGCUGCAGGUGACCAUUGAUGGCAGGAACUACAUAGCUGAUGCCGGGUUUGGACGCUCCUACCAGAUGUGGCAGCCUCUGGAGUUAAUCUCUGGGAAGGAUCAGCCUCAGGUGCCCUGCAUCUUCCGCUUGACAGAAGAGACAGGAACCUGGUACCUGGACCAAAUAAGAAGGAAGCAGUACAUUCCACACCAGGAAUUUCUUAAUUCUGAUCUCCUGGAAAAGAAUAAAUACCGAAAAAUCUACUCUUUUACUCUUGAACCUCGAACAAUUAAAGAUUUUGCGUUUGUGAAUGAAAUCCUUCAGACCUCUCCAAAAUCUGUGUUUACCAGUAAGUCAUUCUGUUCUUUGCAGACCCCAGAUGGAGUCCACUGCUUAGUGGGCUUCACCCUCACCUCUAGGAAAUUCAAUUAUGAGGACAAUAUGGAUUUGGUGACGUUUAAGACACUGAAUGAAGAGGAAAUAAAAGAAGAGCUGAAAAACAUAUUCAAUAUUUCCUUGGAGGGAAAGCUUGUCCCUAAACAUGGUGAUCGAUUUUUUACCAUUUAGAGUAGUAGUAAAAAUGGUCUUCAAUAUUAGUUUAGGUAAUGAAACAUUUUAUUAUUAAAAAUUUUUUAACAUAUAUAAAAGUAGAGGGAAUAAAAUCACAACCCCCUAUGUAUUUAUCACCCACUUAACUAUCAACUGUUGCCUUGGUUAUUUGCUUAAUACUCAUACAUUAUAUUGAAGAAAAUUCUAGACAUUGGAUCAUUUCACCCUUAAUACUGUCAGCAUGUAUAGUUAGGUAACGUUUUAAAGCAACACAAGGACACUUUUUCAAAAUUAAUGAUAGUAAAGAAGUUUUAAGAGUGGCCUGUUUUUUUAUUUUUGGGGGGGGAAUAGUGAUUUAUGCUAGAAAAUCUUCAUUGACUUGUGAAACUGGAUUAAGGAAACCU